AUGCCUAGUACAGUAUUAAAUGGAAGAUCAGCAUAUGAAGUUUUAUACAGGCAAGAACCUGAUCUCAGUCACCUAAGGAUUUUUGGUUGUUUAUGCUUUGCAUCUGUGUUGCCUAGGGUGGAUAAAUUUGCUCCAAGAGCAAGAAAAGCAGUAUUGAUGGGGUAUUCAGAGACUCAAAAGGGGUAUAGGUUGCUGGACCUAGAGAAUCGCCUCAUUUUCAUUAGUAGAGAUAUUACUUUUAUGGAGCAUGUUUUUCCCUUCAAACAUGACUCAACAGACUCUCCAGACUUGUUUUUCCCAGUCUUAGACCAGCCUGAGCUGUUGAUAGCUGCUUGUGAUACUCAUACUUCACCUAUUGGUGCCACUGACUCAGUUCCUAAUGACCUACCCGUUCAACAGGAACCCACUAAAGUUAUUGUAGAUUAUGUCAUUGAACAGCCUGCAGAUAUCCUAGAGGUUGUACCUGCAGAUAUCCAUGAUGAAAAACCUGUUAUUACUCCUAGUCUAAAUAUACAAGUGAGGGAGUUUGCAGAUAUUAGAAGGACUGCUAGAUCAGCUAAACCACCCUUGUGGCACAAGGAUUAUGUUCUAUCCAAAAGAACUAAAGUUGUUUGCCUCUACCCCAUUGAUGAUUACAUAACUUAUGCUGGUAUGAGUGACUCUUAUAAAUCCUAUGUUGCAGCAUUCUCUGCACAGGUAGAACCUUCUUCAUUCAAGGAAGCUUCUACUUGUCCUCACUGGAUUGAAGCCAUGAAAGCUGAAGUUUAA